CAGCUGCGCGGGCCGCGGGGUAGUUGUGCUCGCUCACGUUGGUCUCGCUGUGUCAGAGUGAAGGAGAAUCACGACGAAGAUGGUCUCAAUACGCGGAGUUCCCCUCGCGGAUAGCCUCUGUUGGUACUGAGUCGGAGUGUUCUCCCGGAUAACUCUGCUUAGAAGAGUUGCUUUGUAUUCGGAAUGAUGCUAUGAAGACCACCAGAGAUGACUGAUGUGGAACCUGUUGUCUCUGACUUUGCAGCCACGGGCAGGACCGGCCGGCGGAAUGCAUUGCCAGACAUUCUAGGUUCCACGGCUGGUCCUGGAGCCUCCGACCUGCCUGAUAAACUAGCCGAGGUUUCAGUAGCAGAACGUUGGUGCAAUGUCAUAUGCAGCCAGUUGAAGAUGAUGGCGAACAGGAGGGAGGGAGUUCAUCCUCAGCUGACCCACCUAAAGAAACUACAGAAGGGGAGGAGAAAACAGAGGGCUCAUAACCUGACACAAAACAGCAGUGAUGAACCUCUUGAGAAAUUCACAUAUGACCUGCCUCUACUCUUGCCCCAUUGACCAAACAACUGUAACAAUCUGUGCUAUGCAACAUCAAGACCACCUUUGAUUGGCAUUCAGAUGUGAGUCAGCGAGAAACCACUCAUUCGAGGAUUUAUUUGAAGUUAUGUUUUUCUAAUAGCAGCAAAUUGUUCAUUUUAUACUUCGAUGACUUUGACUUAUUCCAAAAGACUGUCAUGGUUUUCUUUAUGGCCGGCUGUUUUAUGUGACCUGCUUUCCCAUUUUAAAAAGGAAUAUUUUGAUUUGUUUAAUAACUUUCCAUAAUUGCAUUUUCUGCAAAAAAUGGCAAAAACGUCUCUUUUUGCACCAAAAAAAGCAAAAGUAAAUACAUUGCAUUUGGUGAUGUAAGUAAAGUUUUUUUUUUUAUCUUUCAAUAUAUCUGUCCUUGUAUACACCACAUCUUGUGUUUUUUAUUGUAAAGAAGAUAUGCAUUGUUAACAUUCUAGUGAGAUGAUUUAUGAAACAGUGAUAAAUGACAUAAAAUAUUAUAUUUUCUUCUUGUAAAUACAGAAUUGUACAUUAUAUUUGCUAGUUUUGUUUAAAGGCCUUCCAUUGUGUGUAACUGCUGUUCAAUGUGAGAUGAAAUUGGAUAGUUAGUCGUCUGAUGUAUUGCUGCAGACAUCUGUGCUCAUUUCAUUCCGAUAUCAUCUUAAAUGCUUUACUUGGAUAUUUCCUUACUGUUGUUGAUGGCAAAGGAAAAUAUGAUUGUGGAGAUGUGGUGUUCUUUCUCUGUUUCUUCUUAAAAGCCCUAAUGCUGUCAUUAAAUCAAGGAUAUAAUUUUUUACCUGCCCAUAAAUCCCUUGUCAUAUUGUCUGAUGUUAGCUAUAUAUAAAUGCAGCUAUGCUAUGUUUAAAAACAACAUUACAAUAAAUUCUGUGCUUAGUUUU